UUCUUCGCCUUCCUCUCUCCCUGCCCACCAGUCCACCGCCGCCGCCUCUCCUCUCUCUCUCCCCUUCCCACCUUCCUCAGCCGCGGCGAGCCAUGGCAAGCCCCGCGCGGAUCGAAGUCGAUAAGCUGAGCGUGGAGCAGCUGAAGGCGCUCAAGGAGCAGACGGAUCUGGAGGUCAAUCUCCUCCAGGACAGCCUCACCAAGAUCCGCACCGCCACCACCCGCCUCGAGAACGCCACCGCCUCCCUCCACGAACUCUCGCUCCGCCCCCACGGGAAGAAGCUGCUUGUGCCGCUCACGGCGUCCCUCUACGUGCCCGGGACGCUCGACGACGCUGAGAAGGUCCUCGUCGACGUCGGUACCGGCUACUUCAUCGAGAAAACUAUGGCUCAAGGAAAAGAAUACUGUGAAAGGAAAAUUAAUUUGCUGAAGUCCAAUUUCGAUGAAUUACUUGAGAUGGCGACGAAGAAGAAAAACAUAGCAGACGAAAUGGGCAUGCUCCUACAAGCCAAGCUGAGGCAGGCAUCACCGAGUCCAAGUUCAUGAGAGCUGAUUGCACAUCUUGCCCACUUUUGUUGGAUGGCCAGGCAGUUAAUGUGCAGCAUUCAGCAAACAUAGGAAGCUGUUAGCUGCUUUGGCCUGCAUGUGCAGGGUUCUGUUAGACGAUUUACUGAACCUACCUGCCCUAUUGCCAGAUGCAAAUCAAGUAAUUUCGAAAGUGAGUGUUGAACAUGAGGCUUGGUUGCACAGCUUGUACUUGAUGAGUUUUGCUCUACCACAAUGCAGCUAAUGUAUGAUCAUAUCACUUCCGAGUUUGUUGCAUUUUCACAUCUGAAUGUUUGGAUUUGUUUGAA